CGCACGACGAGUGUACGUCGUCGCAUCUGAUGAAUUGAAUAUUUCGCGAUCGCCGCAAGUGAUAACACUGCGAUUCAACCACCUUUAUUGUACUUCAAGGUAUGUUGCUGAGUCUCCGGUUACACAAGUUAACCGAAAUUAACUUUAACCUCGUCGUCGGUUAACAUUUUUAUUAGUCUGUACAUUUCGCCGACUUGAUUUUAUUGCAAAUAUUCGAAGAUGUCUUUGAAUCAGAUGCCCGGAUUAGGCGAUGAUACAGCUCGAACCGAAUCUUCUGGAGGCGAGAAAGUCCACGGCGCUGCUGGUCCCUCGCGUGCGGGCAACUCAAGCUCUUCGGCGAGUCUCAUAGAGUCGGUGAUAGACUCGAACCCUUCGGCCAUAGUUCCUCAAGGGCGACUAGGGCGAGCUAGUGGUUUGCCUCGGCGUAGAGGAAUUACUAAUUUGCGGGAUUUAUUAAGUGCUGGUGAUGACAAGGACGUGGAGAGCACAGUCGCGGAGAUGACCGCUGUAUUCCGGAGUGUUAGUGAGGACUCCAGAAUCGGCAGCCCUAGACGUAGAGUCGGCGAGUUUAGGGCCAAUGGUCCCCAGGCCGCCGAUUCUAUCGUCAGCGAUUCCCGCGCCAGCAGUUCUCACGCCGGCGUUCCUUGUACUGGUGAAUCUCACCUCGGCGAUUCUUGUGUUGGUAAACGAACUGGCAUGACUGACUCCGUCUUCUUUGCGGACAUUGCUGUGCUUGAGGAGACAGAGACGGUUGCUGGUAAUGAAAGUGCCCUUGAUAUCAGCACGUUCAACAGACCUCACCAGAAUUUGCCGCAACACUUACAGGAAUUGUGGCCAAGGCCACUAAAAUUAUCCCGGCCGGCACGCUCCUAUGGAACCACUCCUUUCCCCCCACCUGCUCGUGCUUUGCCUAAGCUACCUACUGUUUCUACUCUAAGGCCUAACCAGGCGGCCGCUGCACAGGACGCGUACCUUCCGCAAAGUGUGAGCCAACCAGUUCUCGCAUCCUUCAGCAAAGUACCAAAGCAUUCAUCAGCCAAUACCGCGGAAGUAUUCACAGAGCUUGACGAAAAGGCGGAGCCAUCCUGCGCGUCAGAGUUGCCCAGACAGUUUAGCAAGGACCCCUCGCAAACCAACGAUGAACUUUUCGAUUAUUUAUUUAUGAAAGUUUCUGGAGCAGAAUCCAACAAAUCUAUGCUCAGUUUGCACUCAGAGCCCAGACAACUUGACCGACCUCUCCAAUCCUUACCUUUCUCCCACGAAUUUCCUAAUCUUGUACACCCCGAAAUCCUAGCCACUUCAGAACAGGCUAUUAUUGCAGAAUCAUUUCAACAAGCAUCUGAUUCAUCCUGGGAGAGUAUUUACGAAACAACACCCGACGUACGAUCCGAGCACCCAUCCGAGGAGCUCAAGGAUAAGUCCAACAUGGCUGACUCUCGUGGCUCUCCCGUUGGCUUCGAUCGAGGUGCCGCCGCUCGAAUUAAUUUUGAGCAGACUCUUCAUUCUCGCCUCCAGUCACUCGCGGACGAGGAAUCCAAUGAUGAGGGUCAGAUAGAAUCAUCCCUAGAAGCACCGUUGGAUUUUUCUAACCCGAAUGCAUAUCCAGGCGUCCCUCGCGAUGUGAUUGAGGCUACAGCGGCUCUUGAUCAACUUGCGAACCGAGGAAAGAGACAACCUCGUGGGCACCCCUCGCUCAUGGGGCCCCCUCCGGUCAUGGUUUUGCCACCUCGUGUUGGGACCCCCGCUGGUAUGGUAGAGCAGCACCAAGAGUCUGCUAACGAAUCGGCUACUCGUCCCUCGCAGAUCCAAUCAACCCAUCAGGGCACUGUUUCAAUCCGCCCUGAGUCGGUAAUCGCAGCUAGCACACCAACACGUCCGGUGUCUUACCAAACUAUCCGAGAGAUGAUCCGCCGUGAAAUGGCUGAGUUCCAAGCCAUGGAGCAGUCUACCGUGCUCAUGCGAUCUACGGCUGUUGUGGAUGCUGCCCGAAACACUUUCGGACGCUCUAUCCGUGACGAUGCGGGCCUUGCAGCUCACAUCCAGUACCAAGUUGCGUUGUACACCCCGGCAAUCUCGGCAUUUUAGAACAAGGCCGAGAUUGAGGCGAACAACCAACCUAUAGAAGACCAGAUCUUCGUUGCCAUCAUUGCGCAGAUUGAGAAGGAAGCCCAGGAGGAAUUAAUCCAAUUGGCUGACAUGGAAGCUGAUGAUGACCCGUUCCACGAGUCUGAUAAUGGUCUUCCAAUCGCUGGACCCUCAGGCACUUCUCGCGUCUCGGCUCCUCAGCAACCU